CCUAGAAACCAACCUAUCCAAAACAGCACCAAGCGGCCCUUGUACUGAGAGAACCAGCACGACCCAACCACUCAAUCCCCACCCACCAAGCCAUGGCAGCCGCGGCAGGGAAGCUGCUUAUCCGCUUCGCCAAUCAACUGAACCCCUCACCACCACGACUCAUCAUUUCUGCCGCCGCCAGCGCCGCUCUGCCUCUCGCCGGCGUCACCUCCCCGAAGCUCCGGAGCAAGGUGCUGGAAUCAGCCGUCGCGCCGCUUCGUGCCUCGUUGGGGAAAGAUAGCAAAGUACAAGCCGGCGUCGAGGAUGACGACGGCGUCUCUCUGGCGACAAUGAAGCUGCCUGCCAAUACCGACAUCCCGCUGUUCGAGACCCUCCUCUUCCAAUGGGCAAACAGUUUGUGCCAAGGUGCCAAUUUGCCGCUUCCUGUUCCUCUCAAGGUGGACAAGGUAGAAGGCGGCGCGAGAUUGGGAUUUAUAGAGAUUGAUAACGGGAAGGCCGAAGUGUUUGCCUACAUAGACUGCCUGGUUUUCCCGGCCACCGGCAGCUCCGGCCCGUUGUUCCGAGCCACGAGGAAUGGACCAAUGAAGGAUCAAGCGCCACCGGGGGAGCCGAGAAUUAUGAGGAGCCUCCUCCAGGCCCUCCAGAAAUCAGUUCAGAUUGCAAGUAGUUGACCUUCUCAAUUCUCUGCAUCAUGUUAAUUUACUCGUGUUGUUAAUUCGGAUGCUUCAUCAGCGAGAGCUGAUGAUCAGCGAUGUUAGAUGAUCAAAUUUGGUGGUUUGGCAAAAUGAAAGCCUGGCGAUUUGCUUGA